AUGCAAUUGCCCAGUGAGGAGGGGUUUGACUCUUUACCCCCCGCAGUGAGACGAAAGUUCUUCUCGAAUGUCGAGCGCUUGCGCAUGAGGUUAGCUCAGGAUGCCCCUGGGGCUUCCAAUGAUUAUCAUGUUCGCUCCUAUCGCACCAAUCACCUUCACGGACCACCCCUCCACCCGCGUGUUCGAACGGCUAAGAGACGGGGUUUGGAGAAACGUUCGGCUUCUCCUAAGAAAUUGCGCAAACCUGGUUCCCUUCAAUUGGCAUACCUGGUUGCUCAGGCUGACUCGCAAUGCUUUCACUCUCUCCCCGCUAAGGUCCAACAAAAGCUUUUCUCCCCUGAAGAACGCCGACGUCUCCGCUUUACCUAUCGCGACAGCGUGAUUCUCGACGCCGCCGACGAGGCCUUUUAUCGUCGCGACCAGGCUCGCCGUCAAUUAUCCACAGACAGCCUUCCCUCGGACGCGUCUGGAGACGACCCAGCCUCUAUCUUCUGGGAAUCAGACUCCGAAUCUCUUGACGAGAAAGACCCUUCCAGAAUGGACAACACCAUCUAUGACAGCUUCCGAUGGCUAGACGGAGAUGGGGAUCUGGACUUGUCGCUAGACGAAUACCAUGCUCAUAUUGCCGAUGCUGCCACCAGUCAAGGGAAAGCCUGGCGUCGCCCCUCUUUUCGUCGCUCUCUAUCCUUCUCCGCUCAUGCAUCUUUGAAACCCCGACAACCCUCAUCCAUCCCGCGAAGCAUUCCCCCAAGCCAAUCACUCCCACCUUUUGCACCUUUGGCCAACCGCAACUCAUCCUCCCGCCCGGCAUCCCGUCAUCAAUCCAGCCAACACGCACCACACUCCUCCACCUCUAGCAUUGACCCCUCCGCGCAAUACUAUCAAGAUCCCGAUGCUCGCUUAAAACUGCGGGUGUAUCUGGCAUCUCCACAGAAGUUUGACGAGGCAAUUGAAUUUGGCUUCCCAUCUUUGGACCACAAAAAAGAAAACAUGUCGCCGGAGCCUCCAUCUCCUAAUUCAGUCCCAGUCACCCCAGAAUGGGCCGGGACCUUUUUUGAAGAGGAUGAUGGCACCAUGGUGGGCAGCCCCUCGGGAUCGGUCAUGGAAUCAAAUCCACCAUCAAUAGUGUCAAACUCGCGGGAGACACCGCGACCAUCCGUUGAUACGCCAUCCUUGUUACAGAGACGUCAGUCUUUCUUGCCAGGGUCCAAAUUAGGUCCUCAGCGACUCUCGGGGAAUCGGGAAAUGACCUUGAAAAUGACAUUGACACGGCCCGACCUUCGGACCGAGUCCCCUUCCCCAUCUCAAUCUUCUCAGGAGGAUCCCCUGCAAUUGGCCGCCCUACCCCCGGCCGAUCGUAACCAACAUCUCUGGGAGGAUAUGGAUGAUAAUGAAGGCAUGGUCAAGAAGAUGUGGCGCAGAUUGCGCCGCAGAGCUUAA